UUUUGAGAUUUUUAUAGCCUUAAGUUCCUUCAAACGUCCACAUUCACAUCCACUCUCACACAACACUCCUUUGGUUCUGCUCUGUCAGCAUGAGUUAUCCACUGGUGAUUCUGCUCUGUGUGGGACUACUGCACCAGACUGUGAGGGCCGUCUUUAUGGAUAAACUAGCAGACAACAAGAUUUGUGGGGAUGCAGAAUGCUCAUAUGUUCUCUCCAUGGCCACAGCCUUGGAUGACUUCAUAGCUCCUGACUGCAGAUUCAUCAACAUCAAGAAGGGUCAGAUGGUUUAUGUGUAUUCUAAACUCAUACCAGAGGAGGGCGCCGGAGUCUUCUGGUCUGGAAGUGUUUAUAGUGAGCGCUAUGUGGACCAGAUGGGCAUCAUUGGAUACUUCCCUGCAACUGUGCUGAAGGAGACACAGAAGUUUAUGGAAGACACAGUUAAGAUUCCCACAACUGACAUGGACUUCUACUGUGAUUAAAGCAUGAUAGACUGAAGCCUCUUUCUUCUCAAGUCUUACUUGUAGUAACUCUGGCUUUUAUUAUGGAUAGUAGACCUUUCCUCUCUUGAGCCAGUUUUUCAGACUAUGUGCCAUUACAUCCUGUGGCAUUGUCUCCAGCUGGAAUGAAAACCUGGACACUCUCAGCCCUCAAUAGCUCACAGUCUGACACCCCUGCUGUUGAGCCAGCUAGUCCUUUCUGUAUUGCUUUGUCCUAACAAGACACUUUGCUCAAUAAAUCAUUUUUUUCACAUCAAUCCAAAA